UUCGGCAACACCAGCGACGAAUCCUUCCGCCCUUCGUCGCCUGUUACAGUAUAUCUUCGAGUCGAACAACGGCCAGUAUAUACGCGCGCACGCCCAUUACACAAAUACGCACGCAUACGUCUCACCAGCGACCUCGAAUCUCCCCCCUGCCGAGUCAGCCUGCCAGAUAGUAUAAUAUUGUCUCGGGAUCAAGACUUGGGAACGGCAACGCCUUUUAUGUCGCCGCCCGCUGCAUCGUCGCUGUCUACCGUGUCAAGGAGUCUAUAGCUGCCAGCCCGAAAUCUUCUAGCAAAUAGGGGGCGAAGCUAAUCGCUCACCUACCUACUUUUCAAUCCCUUCUCGUCCUGGUUCUCUUCCCUUCAUCUACCAUAAAUAAGCCUGCAGCGUGGUCAAGAUGGGACGGAGAAAGAUCGAGAUCAAGCCCAUCAAGGAUGAGAGGAACCGCUCUGUCACGUUCCUGAAGCGAAAGGGUGGCCUAUUCAAGAAGGCGCAUGAGCUCUCCGUGCUCUGCUCGGUUGAUGUCGCCGUAUUCAUCUUCGGCAGCAACAAGAAGCUCCACGAAUACUCUUCGACCGAUAUGCAACAUCUGAUCACGAGAUACCAAUAUCACGGUAUUCCGAACGAGCACAAGGGGCCACAAGAUUUCAACGGCGGCGAGGAUGACGACGAUGACGAUGUUGAGGGCACCCCCCCUCACGGCCAUGAAGGGUCCGUUGAACCGCAGGUGAUGCACUACCAAGGACAACCCUUUCCUCACCUGAGGCACCAUACACCCUCCGCCUCGCCUCCCAUCAACGGGAUGCCCUUUGUAACCCGAGGACACACGCCGCAGCCCCAAGUCACGUCUAGACCAUCGUCUCGGAAUGAUUUCCGACGCGACAUGCGCGUAGCCCAAGCCGGCGGCCCGCCGGUUGCCAACGGGUACGCGUAUAUGCCUCAACCCCCUAUUUACAACUCGCAGAACCAAGCAAAUUUCCAGCACGGACUUCCGCCGCCGCCCCCUGGCCAUUACCAAUAUCCCCCUCCCCAGCCGUCCGCCCAGAUGCAAAACUACAUGGAAGAACAGCGCCGGUCAUCGAUGCCGCCUAGCUACCCUCCGCAGGGCCCUCCGCAAGCACACCCACCGCCUCCGCGCCCGCAGCCCUCCCCCCCGCAGCCUCACCACCAAGCUCCUCCUCAGCCAACUCCCCACAUGUCUCCUCCACGGCCGCCGCCUCAGCGCCUAGAGCCUCCGCGACAUGCGCAAGAACAGCCGUCGCAAUUGCCACAACCCAGUCUAGUCGAGCCGCAACAACCACCCGCGCCCAUGGAGCCGAGACACGACCCGCAACCGCAGGAGAGGUCGAGCCAGCCUCUACUGGACACGGCGUCGGCGAUAAAGAAGAUGCCGCAGCGCAAGCAGCACAGCAUCUUCACCCCCAUCGACGAGAACAGAUCGAUCCUGUCCCAGCAUCUGGCCUCGUUCCACGCGGAACCCCGCGUGAAGGACGAUGUCACAGGCCGGUCGCAAUCCGUGGAUGUUGGCGCCGUGUCGCGGGUCAAACCCGAUCCGUCUCCACCUCUCCCGCAGCAUGCCAACGCUUCUAAUUCCUCCCAAUCCCGUAAUUCCAUCCACACAAUCCCCGAGACCACAUUUACGCCACCUUCACGCUCGAAUAGCUUGAAGAUGGGUGGUGGCGCGCGGCCCCGCCUCAAGGUCCAGAUUCCCGACGAGCAGUCGGAAGCUGGCAGCAACGCUGGCGACUCGACGACACCCCCCUGCAUUACCGCGGAUACGGCGGUCCAGGCGACUCGCCGCAACGGCGACGCCCCCGGGACUGGUGUCGUGCUUCCGCCUCCUUCGCCGUCGGCGUCGGCCAUGCUAUCGGCGGGAGCUACGGGGCCGCCCAAUCCAUUCGCCAGGCCGCCCCCCCAGGCACCGAAUAGCAGCAUGAACAUCGACACGCCCGUGUCGGCGCUGCCGUCCCGAUUCCUCACCAACGAUUUUCUCCCGAGCCCUAGCAGCUUCUAUCCCGAGUGGAAUUUUCGGGGAAGCGACAGCAAUACCCUGCCGAGUCCCCUCAACUUCGCGACGCCGGUGGUGACAUCGGGGCCCUCGUUUCUGAGGGACGAAAUCGGGUCCGGCGUCGGGAAGAGGAAAAGUCCCGAGAUCACGGGCGGCCCUACGUCAGACGGACCGGAGGGUAGUGAGCCUAAGAGGGUAAGGGUGGACGGUUAAAGACAUCGACCGCCGUCC